UAUUCCUUUCGUCAACUGGAAAAGAAAGGCCAGGGACAGAGUGCACUUCAUAAUGAACUCAGCCCUCCAAGAUCACGAUUGAGGUUAUUCUGAGUAAUUUCAAGAAUACCUUUCAACAUGCCUGAAAAUCCUGCAGCAGAUAAACAGCAGGUGCUGCAGAUCCUUGAUCGUCUGCAAACAAAACUCCAUGAAAAAAGAGAUGCUCCACAUAAUGAAAACCUGACUGUUUUGCGUAACACACUUAGGAGCCCUUUAUUUAACCAGAUUCUGACUCUCCAGCAAUCCAUCAAACAACUGAAGGAACAACUUAAUUAUAUGCCUCCAGACCGUUCAGUAGACUUUGAUUUUACUAAGAGAGGGCUACUAGUGUUUGCUGACAAAUCAGUUGCUAAUGGGAGCUUGUGUACACCUUGUAAUUCACCUGAACCCGGACCAUCUACUUUCAUUCCAAACCUAGGAGUUAAUGAAUUUAACACAAUCAUCCAACAGAUGGCAAAGGGUAGACAAAUAGAAUCAAUAAAGAUAGAUAAGCCUUCUGUUGGAGGUCUUGGAUUUAGUGUGGUCGCCCUUAAAAACCACAGCUCGGGAGAAGUUGGUAUCUUUGUCAAAGAAGUCCAGCCAGGAGGCAUAGCUGACAGGGAUCAAAGACUAAAGGAAAAUGACCACAUACUGGCCAUUAAUUGCACCCCAUUGGAUCAGAACAUUUCCCAUCAGCACGCUAUUGCGCUCCUCCAACAAUCCACAGGAUCUUUACAUCUGGUUGUUGCUAGGGAGCCAGUUCAAGGAAACAGCAGAACUUCGGCUGUCUUACCAAGUGAUAUAAAUCCACCUGAGACUAUUCAUUGGGGCCACAUUGAAGAUGUUGAGCUGAUUAACGAUGGUUCCGGAUUGGGCUUUGGAAUUGUAGGAGGAAAGUCGAAUGGUGUGGUUGUAAGAACAAUUGUUCCUGGGGGACUGGCAGAUCGGGAUGGGCGGCUCCAGACAGGAGAUCACAUCUUACAGAUCGGUGGGACGAAUGUUCAAGGAAUGACCAGUGAACAGGUUGCCCAAGUGCUGAGAAACUGUGGGAACUCUGUUAGGAUGACAGUUGCAAGAAACCCGAAGUAUGAAAUUACAGAGACUCCACCAGCUCCUGUGAGCUGGCCAGUUAGUACAUUACCUUCCUUUCAAAAUGGGAAUGAUAAUAACGACCUUUUUGAGACCUACGAUGUUGAACUUAUAAAAAAGAAUGGGCAAAGCCUGGGGAUAACAAUUGUUGGGUAUGCUGGCAUAUGCGAUACAGAACCUUCAGGGAUUUUUGUGAAAAACAUAAUACCCGGUAGUGCUGCUGACCAUAAUGGCCAGAUUCAGGUUCAUGACAAAAUUGUUGCUGUUGAUGGAGUUAAUAUUCAGGAUUAUACCAACCAAGAAGUGGUGGAGGCAUUGCGUAACACAGGACAGACUGUGCGUCUUACCUUGCUUAGAAACAAACUUUCUUCUGCUACUCUUUCUUCAGAAAGACCAUUAGAUAGAGGAAGAGUCCCAUUCUCUCCAACAUACGAGCUGAAAUCCAAGUGGGAAAACCUGUUGGGACCUGAUUAUGAAGUUAUGGUUGUGAAUGUGGAUAUGCCCAUUACAGAUGAUUCAGAGCUCCAGAAGUACUCGAAGCUAUUACCCAUCCACACCUUGAGAUUAGGAGUUGAGCUUGACACAUUUGAUGGACAUCAUUACAUAUCAUCCAUUGCUUCAGAUGGUCCAGCCGCAACGCUUGGCCUUCUGCAACUGGAGGAUGAACUGCUAGAGGUAAAUGGAGUUCAGCUGUAUGGAAAAUCCCGCCGCGAGGCAGUCACUUUUCUGAAAGAAGUGCCACCUCCAUUCACACUGGUUUGCUGCCGGCGCCUUUUUGAUGAUGGCAAUGAGUCUCUUGUUGAUGAACCGAGUGCGAGGGUUUUGCCUCCAGAACAAAAGGUGAAACCUGAAGAAGGCAUUAAUCCUGAGGAGGAGGAAGGGGAAUUAGCAUUAUGGUCCCCUGAUGUGAAGGUUAUUGAACUGGAGAAAGACAAAAAUGGUUUGGGAUUCAGCAUUUUAGACUAUCAGGAUCCCUUAGAUCCGACAAGAACAGCCAUUGUGAUCAGCUCUUUGGUGGCAGGUGGAGUAGCUGAACGUGGAGGGGAGCUUUUACCAGGUGACCGCUUGGUAUUUGUAAAUGACAAAUCUUUGGACAGUGCCACUUUAGCAGAGGCAGUGGAAGUGUUGAAAUCUGUGCCGCCAGGUACAGUUUCUCUUGGAAUCUGCAAACCUUUGGUGGGAGAAAGCAAAGAGGAAGAGAUCGUGUACAGUGUGGAUCCCAACAAUACUAAAACUAACACUGAACAUCCAGAACCAGUAGAUAGUAAUUUCUCAAUAAUACUUGAAGCACCACAGGGCUUCAGGGAUGAAACACCUUUUGAAGAAGAGCUUGUUGAUGAGCCAGGUUUGGAUUUAGGAAGGUCAUUUCAGCUUCCUCAAAAUGAUACAGAGUAUGAGAGGGAGUCUUGGGAAAUGCAUGAAUUUCUGAAACCUAGAACAGAAGAAGUAGAUGAAGAACGGGAAAUGCUGGUAGAUGACGAAUAUGAAGUGGAUUCUGACUUCCUGCAAUAUGAUACAUCAUCGAGUGGGCAGAAGGCAGCUUCAGAGAGGGACCUCACCUCUACAGAGCAAUGGGCAAAGAAACUUGAGACAAAUACCAUACAAGACUUAAGAACUGGUGUUCGCUUCAGUCGAAAACAGUCCCUGGAAUAUCCAUUCAGUAAAGAGCAGAUGUAUGAAGAAAAUGGGAGUAUAAGUUCACAAUCUUCUGGAACCACAGCAGACGGCAGUUAUCAGAAAGGCAUAUUUGAUACUGAAAUGAUCCAUCCAGGAACAAAAAACAAGAUGGAUUUAGGUACAAAGCUUCAGACUGACUCAAAGGUACCUGUGCUUACUGUUGAUCUGGAAGCUAUUGAAAAGGAACUAAAAGAGGAGAAUUGUACUUUUUCUAAGAAUCAGGAAUCUGGGAGAGUUACUGCCUUACCUCAGCCUCGAAUAGCAUUGUGCAGUGAAUUACCUGAGAGAGAAGAAGGAGAAGGAGAAGAAACUCCCAACUUCAGCCAUUGGGGACCACCACGGACUGUUGAGAUCUUUCGAGACCCUCAUGUGUCUCUUGGAAUCAGUAUUGUUGGUGGACAGACUGUCAUAAAGCGCCUGAAGAAUGGAGAGGAACUUAAAGGGAUCUUUAUCAAACACGUCUUGGAAGACAGCCCAGCAGGAAGAACAAAGGCUUUAAAAACUGGAGAUAAAAUACUUGAGGUCUCUGGGGUAGACUUGCAAAACGCCACACAUGAGGAAGCAGUAGAAACUAUCAAGAAUGCAGGAAAUCCUGUUGUGUUUGUCGUUCAGAGUUUGUCCAACAUGCCAAAAGCAGUUUCUGCUGUGCAGCCUAAGGGGAGCAAAGUUCAGGAUGCAGACAAAGAAAAUAAGAAUGAGAAGAGAAAGUAUGGGGCUCCACCUCCAAUGAAACUGCCGCCUCCGUAUAGAGCACUCGAAAGACUGCACCCAGAGGAAGCUAAUGUGGAUGAAGAGGAGGAAGAUUGUGCGGAGAAAAAAAUUAGACAAAGAUAUGCAGACCUACCAGGAGAGCUGCACAUUAUUGAGCUUGAGAAAGACAAAAAUGGACUUGGACUGAGUCUUGCUGGGAACAAGGACCGAUCUCGCAUGAGCAUCUUUGUAGUUGGCAUCAAUCCAGAUGGACCUGCAGGCCGAGAUGGAAGGAUGCAUAUUGGCGAUGAGCUUUUAGAGAUAAACAAUCAGAUAUUGUAUGGAAGAAGUCACCAGAAUGCUUCUGCGAUAAUUAAGACUGCCCCAUCAAAGGUCAAGUUGGUUUUCAUACGAAAUGAAGAUGCAGUCAAUCAGAUGGCUGUUACUCCUUUCCCAUUGCCUUCCAGCUCUAGCUCUCACUCUUCUAUUGAGGAUCAUGGUGGCACUGAACGUGCAAACAGUAAAGAAGACACCAGCUUGGAAGUUGUCAUGAAAAGCUUGACUGAUGAGGAAUCCAUCAAAGCUGAUGUGAAAUACAAAGUUGACAAACCAGCAUUGGUAGAUCAGCAGGAAGUGGAGGAUCAGCUCCCAGAAAAUGUCUUCAGUCAGAUCAGAUCAGCAAAAUUGCCGAUCAGCUUACAGGAGAUAUCCCUGGUGCCAGCACCUACUUAUCUUUCUCCAGAGGCAGAAGUCACCAGCCAUAGUAUUUUUCCACCUCCAUUGCCUGCGAAUCCAGCAACUUGUCCUAUUGUUCCGGGGCAGGAGAUGACUAUAGAGAUAUCUAAGGGUCGAUCAGGCCUUGGUCUCAGCAUCGUUGGAGGAAAAGACACUCCACUGGACGCCAUCGUCAUCCACGAGGUCUACGAGGAAGGGGCAGCCGCGAGGGACGGCAGGCUUUGGGCUGGGGACCAAAUUCUCGAGGUGAAUGGGAUCGAUCUGCGGAAUGCCAACCACGAAGAAGCUAUCACUGCACUGAGGCAGACCCCGCAGAAGGUACAGUUAGUUGUCUACAGGGAUGAAGCUCAUUACAAAGACGAAGAAAACCUGGAGAUUUUCCACAUAGAUAUACAGAAGAAGACAGGCCGAGGGCUAGGCCUUAGCAUAGCUGGAAAACGAAAUGGAAGUGGAGUGUUUAUCUCUGACAUUGUUAAAGGAGGAGCUGCAGACCUAGAUGGAAGAUUAAUUCAAGGAGAUCAGAUUCUGUCUGUUAAUGGAGAGGAUAUGAGAAAUGCCUCACAAGAGACUGUUGCCACUAUACUUAAGUGUGCCCAAGGCCUAGUGCAUCUUGAGCUGGGGAGAUUGCGAGCUGGAUCAUGGCUCUCGUCACGGAAAACAUCCCAGACCAGUCAGGUGAGCCAACAGAGCGUCCACAGUCACUUCCGUCCUGCGCUUGCUCCGGUCAUCUCUACCUUGCAGAAUUUUGUCAGCACAAAGAGAUCUUCAGCAGAUGUCUCUCACAGGAACUCAGGAGGAGCAGAUAUGGGCCCAAGGACUGUGGAGAUAACAAGGGGACCAAAUGAUGCACUUGGUAUCAGUAUAGCAGGAGGGAAGGGAAGUCCAUUAGGAGAUAUUCCCAUCUUCAUUGCUAUGAUUCAAGCCAGUGGCGUGGCUGCACGUACCCAAAGACUCAGAGUUGGAGAUCGGAUUGUCAGUAUUAAUGGGCAACCUUUGGAUGGGCUGUCUCAUGCAGAUGCUGUUAAUCUACUAAAGAAUGCUUAUGGGAGCAUUAUCCUGCAGGUUGUGGCUGAUACGAACAUCGGUGCCAUUGCUACCCAGCUGGAGAGCAUGUCUGCGGGAUGCAACCUUAACUCUUCAUCGGAGCAUCCUUGUGAAGAUCCUGAAGCACCUCAACCUAAGAUUAUUACUUUGGAGAAAGGCUCUGAUGGACUGGGAUUUAGUAUUGUAGGGGGGUAUGGAAGUCCCCAUGGAGACCUGCCCAUUUAUGUCAAGACUAUAUUUGCCAAGGGGGCAGCUGCGGACGACGGCAGACUGAAGCGUGGCGAUCAGAUUUUAGCAGUUAACGGGGAAGCUUUGGAAGGUGUCACUCAUGAGCAAGCUGUAGCUGUUCUCAAACGCCAGAAAGGAACUGUCACGUUAACAGUGUUAUCAUGAACGGCGUUGCCCUUGCAGAGAUGAAUACAAGUAUUGUAGAACAUCAGUAGGGCUGUUGCAAUACUGCUCGGCCCUGAGCAGGAUGUAAAGCGAACGGUGGCAGAAAUGAGUCUGUAUUCAUCCCGUUGCCAGGACUGCUAAUAUGCAUCUCCAGUUUCAUUUAGCCCUCCCCAUUUAUCAGUCAGUCUCUCCUCCCUGCCUGCCUGCCCUCUCCCGCUUCUGGUGGCUUUCGAGUUUUCUCUGAACAAAUUUAACGGGAAGCUUUAAAGAAUAGUAUCCUUUUUGCUUUAUCUGUGCAUGGCUUUAUCCCCACCAGUCUGAACCCUGGUUGCAACUGCCGAACCUGGAAUCAGUUCACACACAAAAGAGAAUUUAGAUCAUCAUCUGAUCUCAUCUGAUGAGCAGAAAUAAAUGCUGAGUGACUUGUCAUCUCACUCAUGAUUUACUUAUGCUAAUUGUCCUUUCAAGUAUGCCAGAAAACAUUAGCAAUGUAAUUAAAUUACCACUGUUCCAAAUGAUGAAAUAUCAAAUUCUCCUCUGGGAAAUUAUUUGUGCUCGGCACAGUAAGUCUGAUAGUCAAAUGUGAACUUCUCAUGUUUAUCUCUUUGGGUAGGUCUGUGGAAGUUAGUCAGAGGUAAUUACUGUGAUGUGUCAAUUUGCAGCCUUUAGCGUGAAAAAUAAACUAGAGGAGAGGGAAAUUUAAUUUUUUAGGCAUUUAAAAUACUUGAGCUUUUUCAGAUAUCGGUGAUGCGUGAACAGCAACAUAUCUUGUUUUAUUCUAAUAAUAUUUUUAAAGAAGAAACGUGCUGAUGUAUGCCAAGGACGUUGCACACAAAGGCAGUUGCUGGUGUGCCAAGCGGCAGCGUAAUUGUUCCUCCUGAAGCUUUAAUGAAGACGAAAGUUUGCUCCCGUGAUGCGAUACGGCAGUUCUAGGGACGAUAGCAAGCUGUCGCCCCUCUGCACGCCGGCUUUAAGACUAGACGAAGUUAAUCCAAACCAACAAACUGUUUUCAACUGGCCAGGAGUCUCCACGGCAGCAGGUAGUGCAGGAAGGGGCUCUUCCUGGCCGCGGAAGGUGGUGCUUCACCGGGGUCGCUGCAGUCGGGCGUUGGGCAAGACCGUGCCGGCGGCGGCGAGAGGCGGUGCAGGAGCCCCGCUCCGGGCCGGGGAGACAGGGUGCAGGGACCAGCUGCCAAAAAGUUAGCACCUCCGUGCUGCGUCGCAGCCGUUUCUGCAGCGAUCGUGUGACCGUGGCCGUGGUGACCUCGCAGAUGAAUUUGGCAGGCAGAUUAACGGUGAUGCCAGUCAGCGGGCUUUAAUCGUCCUGUCCAGGGGAGCCGUGGGGUUUUAGAGGGAUCUAAAUCAGCCCAGUCUGAUUUGGGCUAUUUGGUAAAAUUUACAGCAAUGAUGUAGCGAGGAGAAGCGAAGGGAGGGGAGCAUCAGAAUUGGCUGCUAUUUUAUGUGAAAAAUCCCUCAAAACUGAUUGAAAGAGGAUUCAAUAUCUGUAAUAACUGUGCAGUACGGGGUUUGUCUCCGAAGUACUCCUAUUUAGUACUUUUUAGCUAGAGUGAGUAUUCCCCCAUUUUGCGUGAAAGAACAUACACUGCUGCGAGAUGAAGUGCGCCACAACAGCAAGCUCUGAUCAGUGCUCAUCAGAAAAGGUUUCCCCAUUUCAUUUGAAAGUUUUCUUUAACUGUAGGUGAUCACAAAGUGCAUUUAGCCUGCUGGCACCAUUCGUAGGUAUUGCGGUAAUAGUGCCUGAACGGGACUUGCCUCGUGAGACGGAUUCCCACGGUGCUAUGGGAUUUGCCAAGUGAACCUUGGUUACAGAUGCACAAAAAUAUGUCCAGACGUAUUGAAUUGGAGAAUUUUUAACAAACUGCCUUUGGCUGCAAAAGUAUCCAAGGUGUGGAGAAGUUAAAUGCAGGUAGGUGAAACAUGAAGAAGUACCCUAGAAAUAUGCUUUAGAAUUUAUAAACAGAAUGUAAUGAUUCGUCUGUCUGAUUAUGUUUUUAUAACUAUUAUGUUCAUGCUCAAGAUUUAAUCUAUGCCACAUUUAAUCUAUGAAGUUUUACAGGGCUAUUUAUUAGCCUCUUGUGUGCAUACUAUUCAUACGUAAAGAACAGAAUUUACGGGCUGAGAUGCUUUGCACUUCUCAUUGCUCAGAAUGGGAGAUAACAUUUUCUGCUUCUUGUAAUUUGCACUUUUGUGUUUUGAAUAUAUUACUGCCAAAAAUCGUAUUGCAACUAAUAGAUAAACCAAUGACCAUGCGGAGAAGCGUGUGCUGAAUGUACAGGCCCGAGUUAAAUAACUAAAUUUGCAUUACGCUUGUCUGGUGAGGUGUUCUGGUUUGUUUAAAACUUUAUUUUUGUGCAAGGGAAAAAGCAAUUAAAUUUCUUGGCUGUAUGUUUACGUAUAUCAGUAAAAUGAGACAUUUUAUGACUUCCAAAGAUUCUAAAUAAAGCUCAGUUACAUAAGUA